AUGGAUGAUGAGAUCCGCAAGGCCAUCGAGGUGUUGACCAACCUGGAGGCCAGUCAUACUGAGAAGCAGGAUGCUGCCGUUGGUUUGGCCAACUUGGCAAACGAAAAUGACCAGAAUCGCGUGGCCAUAGCAGCUGCAGGGGGCAUUCCGGCUCUGGUGGCUCUGGUGACGAGUAGCAGCAAGGCUUCGAAGAUCCAGGCUGCAAGUGCUCUGGGCAGCUUAGCAUUUGGAAACUCCCAAAACAAAAUGGCCGUGGCAGCUGCAGGGGGCAUUCCGCCUCUCGUGGCCAUGGUCACAAAUGGCAGCGAUUCUACAAAGGAGCGGGCUGUAGCUGCUUUGGUAACCCUGGCAACUGACAAUGCCCAGAACCAGGUUACCAUUGCAGCUGAAGGCGCCAUUCCGCCCAUUGUGGCCCUGGUCACAAAUGGCAGCAGUUCUGUGAAGCGUGAGGCCGCCCAUGCCUUGACAACCUUGGCAAGUGACAAUGCUCAGAACAAGGUGAGCAUAGCAGCCGAGGGCGGCAUUCCGCCCCUUGUGGCCCUGGUGAAACAUGGCAGCCGUAUUGCGAAGCUGGAGGCUGCAAAAGCCUUGAGAAAUUUGUCAGACGAAAACAAGCAGAACUGUGCAGCCAUUGCAGCUGCCGGGGGCGUUCCGCCUCUUGCCGCGCUUAUGACACCCGCUAGUGCUGCGAGUCAGACUGCUAGUGCUGCGAGUCAGACUGCUACCCGUGCUUUGAUCAACAUGGCUGUCCUAGACAACCAGUGCUGUGCGGCCAUGGCCAGCUCUGCAGAAGUUCGAGCUGCCAUCGAGGGCGUGGCCAAGGAUGGUACCCCGGAAAACCGGGAUUGGGCUGAACGUUUAGCCCGAGAGUUGGACUCCGCCAAUGACCCGGUGCCAAAAAUCACCGGUGGUUUGAGUGUGGAGAAGCUGAAGGCUGAGAUCCAGACAUUGGAAACUGGCAAGGAGGAUCAGAAGGCCAAAGGUGCGGAGCAGCUCGGAAAUUGGGCGGCUCUUUCUGAUGAGAAUCGGGUUGCCAUCACCAGAGAAGGUGGCGCUGAGGCACUGGUAGGGCUGGUGGUCACUGGCAGCGAUGAUGCCAAAUGGCACUCUGCAAGGGCGCUACGACACCUUUCCAACAAUGACAAGGCCAAGAAAGCCAUCGUGAAAGCUGGUGGCAUUGCGACCUUGGAAGUCGUAGUUAGGCAUGGCAAAGGGCAGCUGAAAGAUGCUGCUGACGAAGCCUUGAAACUCCUUUCGCAGAAGGACGUGGAGAGCGGCUCAACUCCAGCAACAAAGUCAGCAGACGCCAAGAGUGUCCCAGCAGAAGCCGCAAGCGCCAUCCCAAGCGGCGAAGGCACUCGGGUUGCCAUGUUUUCCGCAAGAUUCGAUGGCGGCCCCGUAGAAAAGAAGUUCCGCAAGGUCUUUGACAUUCUUCGGGACCGCAAAUACGACAUCCUGAUGGUUGCUGCAGAUGCUGGCGAUAGCUUUGCGGACCUGACAACGAAAUAUCUCGGGCGGCUCCAUUCUGAAAGUGGUACCAUGCUUGCCGUGUGCACGAAGAACUAUGGCGAGAUGACCUCGUCAGCAUAUUCCGCCCAUGAAGAGCUCAAGUUCGCGCUGGACUAUAAAAGGUUCGUGACAGUUCUGCCACUCAGAGUGGAGGACACAUACCCACCAGAGCCACCUUGUGGCCCAGAACACGCCUAUGACAAGGACAAACUGGCUCAAGGCUACAUUCUUAGUGUUUUCAAGCCGGGCAUUGUGUUUUUGGACUGUCGGAACAAGUCAGAACUUGAAAUCGCUACUGAAAUUGCUGCGAACCUGCGAAGGCGCAUGGUCACCAAGUAG